AUGACAUUUCUCCUAGAUAAAGUGCUUGAACGGGUACGAACUGAGUUAAAGGACAGUUUGACCGAUUCUGUGAUCAAACAACUGUUGGAUGAUCUUAACGAUGAGAAGGUGUUCGGAGAAGAAGAAGUGGAGUCAAUCCUACAACAGAACCCACUCCAGGCUGAUCGGGCUCGCUGUUUGAUCGGCAGCGUUAAGAAGAAAGGCCCCAAGGCCUGCCAAAUCCUGUUAGAGAAACUACAAAAACGUGACAAGUAUGUGUACGAUAAACUGCAACUAGACGACUUGCCACCAGUUCUUGUUCCUGGAGUGGAAGAAGUCACUGCACGAGUCCCCGUGCCUCGUGCUAGACUUGUCCCAGCGGUUGCUCCUCGAAGCUCUCCUGUGCUUCAAAAGGCUGCCACUGCCAGUUCUCCAGUCUCCUCUGUGUCCACAGACCUGCCUCCUGGGUCACAGGCCUCAUGUUCCCUGCCUGUCCUGCCUUGGCCUGUGUCUCCUGUUUUCACGGCUGGGCCCUUUGAUGCAGGCUCUUGUGCUGACGAGAGCUCGGAGUGGUGCCCGGAAAUGGUGCCCGAUGGCCCAGAAAGCGCCCUGAAGAGGUCAUUUGAGGUAGAGGAGGCAGACUCCUCUUCCCACGUUUCCUCGACGCACAUCCGGCGGACACCCUCCAACAGCCAGUGCCGGAGCGUCCUCUCUCCAUCCAGCAGCCGGCACCAUGAGCUGGCUCCAACAGAACCAAGCCCCCCGACCUCUUCAGGCCCAAGGCCGGGACUCCAGAACUUGUGGGACGUCUCGUCCAGCAACAACGGCAAAGCGGCUGCCGGCUCAAACAGUGCUUGCAGUGCCCGCUUUGUCCUGAAGAAGCCAGAGAUUCUGGUCCAUGGCAAGGCACCUGAAACCCAAAAACACUCUGACGCGUUCAGCAGAACCCUGAACAGCGUCUCCCCAACUUCCCGGGCCCCCUCUACCCUCGGGUCCCACGCCAGCGCCAAACUACCCGAGACCAUGUUUAGGAAAAAUGAGCAGCCCAGUCAGGUUGACGAGUCGCGUCGGGCCGAGGUCAAAGGUCAAGAGAACUAUGAUCAUCCUGCUGUCACAACGAUGUGCGGGUCACCGAAUCCCGCCCGACAGAAGUCACCCGCCGCUGACGGACACACUGGCAGGAAUACGACAAAUGAGGAGCUGGAAAGCAUGUUGGAAAGUGACAAUCCAGCUAUUUUCACUUCGGGGAUCAUCAUGGACUCUAACAUCACCCAGCAGGCUAUGAACGAGAUCGAAACGCGGCACACCGAGAUCAUCAAGCUAGAGAACAGCAUCCGUGAGCUGCACGACAUGUUCAUGGACAUGGCCAUGCUGGUGGAGAGCCAGGGGGAGAUGAUUGACCGUAUAGAAUACAACGUGGAGCACGCGGUUGAUUACGUGGAGCGGGCUGUGUCGGACACCAAGAAGGCCGUGAAGUACCAGAGCAAAGCGCGGAGGAAGAAAAUUAUGAUUAUUAUCUGCUGUGUGGUUCUAGGGGUUGUUAUUGCUUCCACUGUCGGGGGGGUGUUGGCCUGAAAAGCUCACCGCUCACAACACACACCAGUGUCCCACAGCAAACCCACACAUACACACACUUGCACAGAAAAAUAACACAAACGCACUGCCCCUUGGCAGAGUGCCACUGAAACCGCUGUGGAGGAGGCCAGAGCUGCUUUUGUUCGCAUGAAG